AGUGAAAUCAUGUGGACACAAACAUCUGAAUUUAUUAUGGAUGAUUUUUGUCAUUGUGGAAAAAGUGCAGUGAAGAAGACCUCUUGGACCGACAUGAAUCCAGGAAGACGGUACUCAACUUGCAAGAAUUUUUUGGAAGUUGGAGGUUGUACAUAUCGUUGUUGGAUUGAUCCGCCGAUUUGUGCAAGGGCUCGACAAAUUAUUCCUGGCCUUGUGAAAAGAGUGAGCAUGCUUGAGGGUGAUGUAUGUCAUGGACGUUGCAGAGAGAAAAUAUUGUGGCUUGUUUUAAUUGUUUCAUGGUUGAUGAUGUUUCUUUUCUUUAAGUAG